AUGUCAGCCCUUCCUCUUGUUGCUGCCGCUGUGCCCGUGGCUAUGUAUGUGAGCGCCAAGCUUUCGCUUCCCCAGGAUGUUAAAAUGAUCAAGAGCGCAGUGGGGGCGCGGCGAGAAUUUGACACCUUCGAGAAGCAAGGGAAAAUCAACUUGAGCUAUCGCUUUGAAGAGAGCUAUCGCAAGUAUCCCAAUCGCGAAGCCUUGGUGUUUGAAGGCAAAUCCUACUCAUUUCGUGAUGUCCAUCUUGCUUCUAACAAAGUUGGCAACUGGUUGCUAUCCAAAGGCGUAAAGCGUGGGGACAUUGUAUCACUUAUGAUGUACAACAGACCCGAAUUCCUCUUUUGCUGGCUCGGUAUCAACAAGAUCGGUGCAUGUGGUGCGUUCAUCAACACCAAUCUUUCGGGCAAGCCUCUCACUCACUCACUCCAUACUGCCACGUCUUCAAUGCUCAUCUUGGAUACAGAAUUGACAGAGCCUGUGGCUGGCUCGCUAGACGAGAUUCUAGGAAUGGGCUACACGAUCUAUACCUAUGGUGGGCUGGGGCACGUCGAUUUCGCAAUGCCAAUCGACCUUGAUUCGGUCUCCGAUGCAGAUACAUACAAACAUCUUCCUCAUAAGACGAUGGCCGAUGAAACUGCAAUGCUCAUUUAUACUUCUGGGACUACGGGCUUACCCAAGGCUGGACGGUUCUCACAUGGCCGCGCUGAUAUAGCGGCAUCAUUCUUUGCAAGAUUCUACAAUUUUACCGACAAGGAUCGUAUUUACAUUUGUAUGCCCUUGUAUCAUAGUGCUGCAGCAGUUCUAGGAGUGUGCACCUCCUGGUUGGUCGGUGGAACUAUAAUUCUGACCCGAAAAUUUUCAGCGACUGGCUUCUGGGAUGACUGCCGUGCCAACAAUGUUACUGUAAUCCAGUAUAUUGGAGAGAUUUGUAGAUACUUAGUAAAUUUGCCCGAAUCUCCAUUAGACAAAGUGCACUCAAUCCGGCUGGCGCACGGUAACGGUAUGCGCCCGGAUGUUUGGAGUCGGUUUAGGGAACGCUACGCUAUCCCCGUGAUUGGUGAGUGGUAUGCUUCAACCGAGGGCACAGGAUCAAUGAACAACUACAAUACUGGGCCUACUGGAGCAGGCGCGAUUGGAUUUUAUGGUCCUCUUGCUAGGCUACUUAAUCGUGGCUUAAAGAUUGUCAAGUUCGACAUCGAGACAGAGGAAUUAAUUCGGGACAAGAAUGGCCAUUGUAUUGAAUGCCAACCUGGUGAGCCCGGAGAAUUAUUAUGCGUAAUAGAUACAAGCGAUCCUGGCAAGAAUUUCAGCGGUUAUCAUAAUAACAAGGAGGCAACUAGCAAGAAGAUUGUCAAAGAUGUUUUUAAAUCUGGGGAUAUCUACUUCCGCACAGGUGAUAUCCUGAGCCGCGAUAAUGACGGCUACUAUUAUUUUGGUGAUCGCGUGGGCGACACGUUCCGCUGGAAAUCUGAGAAUGUCUCGACGGCUGAGGUGUCUGAAGUACUUUCAGCGUACCCAGAUUGCCUCGAAGCCAACGUCUAUGGCGUCCAUGUCCCUGGUCACGAUGGUCGCGCCGGCAUGGCUGCGAUUGUCGCCAAGGAGACGAUGGACUGGGACAAGUUUGCAGAACAUGCAUUGAAAAACUUGCCACGGUACUCUGUUCCUCUUUUCAUCCGAAGGAGAUCUCAGAUGGAGAUCACAGGAACAUUUAAGCAGCGCAAAGUGGAGUUGGUCAAAGAGGGUAUCAACCCCAGCAUAGUCAAGGACGAGAUGUUGUGGCUGGAUGGUCACCACUACAGGCCUUUCAGGAAUGAAGAGUAUCAGCGUAUAGUCGCUGGUAAGGCCAAGCUGUGA